AUAUAUAUACACACCCCAAUAAAAACCCUUCAAAAGGCGCCAGCGUUUAUCGGAUUUCUUCCUUCUCUGUAUCGCCGCCGCCGCCGCUGCACCACCGCCGCCGUCUAACUAGCACAAAGAUGAGUCUAUCAGAGGAGGAGCUCUCAAAACUUUUCAGAGUUCGUAAGACACUGAUGGAAAUGUUGUCCGAUAGGGGCUAUCUUGUUGGAGAUUUUGAGAUAAAUAUGUCAAAACAUCAGUUCCUUCAGAAGUAUGGUGAGAACAUGAAGAGAGAAGACCUUGUAAUUCAGAAAGCCAAACGUAACAACAGUUCUGAUCAGAUAUAUGUGUUCUUUCCAGAGGAACCAAAGGUUGGUGUUAAGACAAUGAAAACUUAUACAGAGCGCAUGAAAAAAGAAGAUGUCUUCCAAGCAAUUUUGAUUGUACAACAAAAUUUGACUCCCUUUGCUCGUACCUGCAUAAGUGAAAUAUCUACAAAGUUCCACUUGGAGGUUUUUCAGGAGGCAGAAAUGUUGGUAAACAUAAAAAAUCAUGUUCUAAUUCCUGAGCACCAACCACUUACUCCUGAAGAAAAGAAGACCUUGUUGGAAAGAUAUACUGUGAAAGAAACACAGCUUCCUCGGAUUCAGAUCACCGACCCAAUUGCUAGAUACUACGGGCUAAAACGUGGCCAAGUUGUGAAAAUUAUUAGACCAAGUGAGACUGCAGGCCGUUAUGUUACUUAUCGAUAUGUGGUUUGAACUAGUUUUUGAUGUUUUCACCAGCUGAAAUGUAAGAAAUUGACAGAGCGGUUAAGUAAUGUAUUUGUUUCCUUCACCCCCUAUAAAGAGCGAUUGAGAAUUUCGAGGACCUUGUAUUUUGUCUUGCCAUGUAAAAGCAGGGAUGCCUUAUGUUCUUGGACCGAACUAUCUUUCGGUUAACUUGGCCUUUUUUCUCAUUUCA